AUGUCCGUCCCGGUCAAAGCUCCCUUCCGCGCCGAGCACCUCGGGUCCCUCCUGCGUCCUAAGGAGCUUCUCGUCGCUCGCGAGGAGUUUGAGAAUGGCAAGAUGAGCGAGGCGCAGCUCGACCCCAUUUCGGACAAGGCUGUCGCCGAGGCUGUCAAGAUGCAGGCCGACCUUGGGUUCCAUGCCUGCACUGACGGCGAGUACCGGCGUGGAAUGUUCUGGGGCACGUUCUUUGAGGAGCUGGAUGGUUUCAAGGAGAUUGACAACGCCCAUGUCUCCAUGUUCCGCGACUACGUCCCGGACGUGUCCGUCUUUCACGAGAUGGGCGGCUGGGGAUGGACGUGUAUCUGUGACGGCAAGAUCAAGCACACUGGCAAGUCGAGCCUGAUCAAGGAGUGGAGCUACACGCGCGACCAGGCGGCCAAGAAUGGACGCGAGGCCAAGCUCACCAUGAUCUCGCCCGUCUGGUACCACCUGCGGUUCAAGGAGGGUAACGCGUACCCUGCCGACGUCUACUCGAGCGACAAGGAGUACUUUGCCGACAUUGCCGCGGCGUACCGUGCCGAGCUGGACAUUCUGUACGACGCUGGCGUGCGUAACAUCCAGAUUGACGACCCAAACUUUGCCUACUUCUGCUCGCAGGCCAUGAUCGACGGGUGGGCCGCCGACAAGGACAACAAGACCACCCUCGACGAGCUCCUCGACACGUACAUUGCGCACUACAACGACUGCUUCAGCUCGCACGCCGACAAGAUCCAUUUCGGUCUCCAUAUCUGUCGUGGCAACUUUAAGGGCUCGCGCCACUUCAGCGAGGGCGGCUACGACCGCAUCGCCACGUUGCUGUUCCAGAAACUGUGCUUCCACACCUACUACCUCGAGUACGACACUGAGCGCGCCGGCGGGUUCGAGCCGCUCCAGCAGUUGCCGGCGCACAAGCGGGUUGUGCUGGGCGUGGUAUCGUCAAAGUUCAACACCAUGGAGGACAAGGACGCCAUGGUCAAGCGCGUCCGCGAGGCCGCCCAGCACAUGGCCAAGGGCUCGGGGGAGACCCCCGACCAGGCGCUGCAGCGUCUCUCGGUCUCGCCCCAGUGUGGGUUUGCGAGCCACGAGGAGGGCAAUGCCAUCACUUGGGACGGUAUGGUGGACAAGCUCAAACUUGUGCGUGCCAUUGCCGAUGAUAUUUGGAAGGCAGAGCCAUAA